UCAAGUAACUAAGGUCCAUUUCAACAGUUUCAUGGAUUUCUCAAACUAGAUAUGUUUAGGUUGUUCCAUGCGACAAUAAAAACUUGCAUGCUCCUACGACAUUCACCAAAGCCUCUAACGUUGUUGUUCCCUCUCUUUUUACAUUCUUCUCCUCCAACUCCUACAUAUUGUUCACUUCUCUCCCAACCCUCUCUUCAAUUCCAUCCCUUUUCCACACACCCUUAUCACCCUUUUCUAUCUACUUUACUUCUUGCUUUGAAAUCUUCAUCCUCUGUCUCCUUCUGCAGAAUCAUUCAUGCCCAUGUGAUCAAGUCUCUUGAUUACCGUGAUGGAUUCAUAGGUGAUCAAUUGGUGUCCCGUUACCUCAAAAUGGGGGCCACCCAAGAUGCACAUUUGCUGUUUGAUGAAAUGCCUGACAAGGAUUUUGUCUCGUGGAAUUCUUUGGUUUCUUGGUUUUCCAAAAGUGGACAGCUUGGUUACUGCUUGAGUGUGUUUUGUAAGAUGAAAUCUGAUUCAGAGUUGAAGUUGAACGAUCUUGGUUUUAUAUCUGUUAUCUCGGCUUGUGUAUAUGAGAAAGCGUGUCGCGAAGGGUACUAUGUUCAUUGUUGUGCAGUGAAAUUUGGUAUGGUGUUUGAGGUGAAGGUUGUUAAUGCUCUUAUUAAUAUGUAUGGGAAGUUUGGUUUUGUUGAAUCUUCUUUCAAAUUGUUUUGGGAAAUGCCGGAGAGUGAAAAGAGUGUGGUGUCUUGGAAUUCAAUUGUUGCUGUUUGUGCCCAAAAUGGAAUGCCUAAUGAGGCUUUUCAUUGUUUUGAUAUGAUGAAGGUUAAUAGAUUUUUUCCUGAUGAAGCCACAAUGGUGAGUUUGCUUCAAGCCUGUGAAAAUUUGCCUUUGGGAAGAUUGGUGGAAGGUUUACAUGGUGUAAUUUUUACCUGUGGUCUUGACGAAAAUAUAACAAUUAUGACUACCCUUUUGAACUUAUAUUCAAAGUUGGGGAGAUUGAGUGAUUCUCGUAAGGUAUUUGGAGAGAUACAAAAGCCUGAUAAAGUGACAUGGACUGCAAUGCUUGCUGGCUAUGCGAUGCACGGGCGUGGGAAAGAAGCAAUCGAGUUUUUCGAAAGAAUUGUAAGUCAAGAAGGCAUGGAGCCUGAUCAUGUAACUUUCACACAUUUGUUAAGUGCGUGUAGCCAUUCAGGGCUUGUCAAAGAAGGAAAAUACUAUUUCCAAGUUAUGUAUGAUGUUUACAAAGUUCAACCACGAAUGGAUCAUUAUUCUUGUAUGGUUGAUCUUCUCGGUCGUUGCGGUCUACUCAAUGAUGCUCAUGAGUUAAUUAAGAACAUGCCAUUAGAGCCAAAUUCUGGAGUUUGGGGUGCCCUUCUUGGUGCUUGUAGGGUUCGUGGAAACAUUGAUCUAGGGAAGGAAUCUGCAGAAAAAUUGAUUGCAUUAGAUCCUUCAGACCCUAGAAACUAUAUUAUGCUGUCCAACAUGUAUUCUGCUGCAGGCUUGUGGAGUGAUGCAUCAAAAGUGAGGAGUUUAAUGAAGACUAAUGUUCUUACUAGAAAUCCCGGAUGCAGUUUUAUUGAACAUGGGAAUAAAAUCCACCGUUUUGUUGUCGACGAUUACACCCACCCGGAUUCACAUAGAAUACACAAAAAGUUGGAAGAGGUUAUGAGAAAAAUUCGAGAGGUUGGCUUUGUGUCUGAAACAGAAUCGAUUCUCCAUGAUGUUGAUGAGGAAGUGAAAAUAGAUAUGAUCGCCAAACAUAGUGAGAAGAUUGCUCUUGCAUAUGGACUUUUGGUUAGUAGUGCAGAUAUGCCGAUAGUUAUAAUGAAAAAUUUAAGAAUAUGCCGUGAUUGUCACAAUACUGCAAAAUUUGUCUCGAUGGUUGAGAAGCAGACUAUCAUUAUCCGAGAUACAAAGCGAUUUCACCAGUUCUCAGAUGGGCUGUGUUCAUGUGGUGAUUACUGGUAGUGUUUAUAAUUAGAGAAAGAGUUUAGAGAAAACUGAAUGUAUAAUUCUGAAACAAGAGUCCACAAAUUACCACAGGUGAAGUCUUUUUAUAGACUCGAUACUUACACAUUAGUUAAAAUAAUCCUAACUCCCGAAUGAUGAUCGACCAUUUUGAUAGUCUCGGAGCUGAGCAAGUGUUCUAGGAUGUGAAACUUUGGUUAGAACACCAGCUUCUUGAUCUUGAGCAUGUAUGUUGCAUACUUUAAGAAGUGUGGAGGGAACCAUUUUUCCUAGCAAAGAAGAGAUCAAACUUCAUACAUUUGGUCAUGUGGAGCCAAAAACAUGGAGUUCAUGAAGGAGAGAGCUUACCCACCAAAGUGAUUUAGCUGCAGUUAGAGUCAAGCUGCAAUAUUCAAUCUCAGUGCUAGAACAAGCAACCAAGGAUUGUUUCUUAGAACGCUAAGAAGAUAUAUCUUGUCGACUGAUUGGCCAACAUGCAUUUCCAAAGGCAUGUAAUGCUAAGGAGGUUGCAAGAAAAUGUAGGAUUGGUAGAUAUAUAGUACCUCUAAGUGCCUGUUAAGACAGAUUUAAAAUUUUUAAAUAUAAUAUAUUUAUCUUUUUGAUAAGUUUUAUUAUUUAUUCAAUAAUUAAUUUCAUGUAUAAAGUGAUAUUUUGAUCAUUUAUAUAUAUUAUCAUAUUUUAAGUA